UGCUAAAUGAAAACAGUCAAGAUAAAAGGGGUUGCUGCUUGUUUUGGAGCAAAGAAUGAAAGGCUGAAAAUGCUUGCAGGGCCAGGGAGGGAAAGAUAAAGAACAUCUAUAAGAAUGAGCAAGCAACCACCGGUGAGCUCUUUUGGGAAAAAAAUGAUAAUACGAAGCCACCACCAUUGUUACAGCUCAGAGUUUACAGAGAGAGCAGCAAAACCACACCAAGUUGGAGGAAUAGCAGCCACAUCUAGCAACAGGCUCGUCCUGAAUAACAACAAUACUUACCUUGUUGGAAGAGUGAAUUGGUCUGCCACAACGACAGCAGCGAUCAAAGGUAGCAGCAGCCGGCGCCGGCUUAUAAGCAGCAUUACGACGACGAGCGUGGUCGCGGCGGCCUCUGCAGUUGUUCUACUAGCUUCGCCGCCACCUGCCGUUGCAGCCGAGCGGCGGAAGAGGGAAGACGGUGGGGAAGAGGAGGAGGAGGAGACGCUGGGGAACGUGCCGCAGACGCUGGCAGGGGAAUGUGAAGUGGAAGAGGGAAAGGACUGCAAGAAGGCGACGAGGAUACAGAGACCCAAAUCCAGGAAAGCUGAGACUUGCACCGUCAAAUGCGUCAACACCUGCAUCCGCGGCGGCGAUGGAGAAGGUCCUCUCAAUAUCAGGAGACCUCUGGUGGUGUUCAAGCAAGGUUUUCGCAGCCGCCAUUACUGCCUGGUGGAGUGCUCUGAGAUCUGCAAUCUGAUUGGAGAUGGAGAUGAUGGACCCUGACCCACUAUCCCUUUUUCUAUCCAGUUUCAAAUGUAUCAGAGGGAUGGAUUGGAAUUGGGAUGAGAAGAAGCAUCCUGCCUUCCUACUAUUAUUCUGUUACUAUUCAAUUAUGCAGUGCCUGAUUGGCUAUAUCGAAGAACGCCUGCUCUAAAUUCACAAUUUAAAGAACCGCCUGAACCUCUUGAUCACCUGGUGGUACAGUAUCCUUCAAACCCUGGGCGAUGGCGAAGACUGGCUGCUAUUAUCGUAAGUGGCCAUACCCUUUUCAUCAUCCUGCCGGCCACUUUCUCUGGGAAGCUGUAGUAGUGUUUUUUCUAACUGUACCAUCCAGCCAAACUGAAUAUCGGAGAUCAAACUAAUAACGGUUCAUCAGAGUU